GUAAGUCAGUAAGUACUGUUUCAAACGAAGAACUCUUAACAUACAUUACCAAGUGAUAGAUACCUUGUUGCCACCUUAACGAAAAUGACGUUCUGGAAAGUUGAGUUUCUUUAUUUUAUUGCAACGUAUUGUAUGGUGGAUACGGCAUAUAGUCCAACCUGGAGUAGUUUGGACUCCCGACCACUUCCACAGUGGUAUGACGAUGCCAAAUUUGGUAUCUUUAUCCAUUGGGGCGUAUUUAGUGUUCCAAGCUUCGGCUCGGAAUGGUUUUGGAAAUAUUUACAAGACAAAAAUCCCGAAUUUGUAAGCUUUAUGAGGAGAGGAUAUAAACCCGAAUUUACAUAUCAAGAAUUUGCGAAAGAUUUCACGGCCGAGUUCUACAAUGCUUCCGAAUGGGUCGAUUUGUUCGAAGCUUCGGGUGCGAGGUACGUGGUCCUGACGAGUAAGCAUCACGAAGGAUACACACUUUGGCCGUCCAAGUACUCGUUCGGAUGGAACGCAAAGGACAUCGGACCGCACAGGGACUUAAUUGGUGAAUUACAUACUGCGAUACAAAAUAGUACAAGCUUAAGGUUUGGUUUGUAUUAUUCGCUAUUCGAAUGGUUUAAUCCAUUGUGGAAAUACGACAAAGAGAAUUUAUUCGCCACUAAUUUAUUUGUUACAAACAAGGUUAAUCCGGAACUGCAUGAAAUUGUCGAAACGUACAAGCCAGCAAUUUUGUGGUCCGAUGGUGAUGCGGAGGCACCCGACACAUAUUGGCAAUCAAAAGAAUUUUUAGUUUGGCUGUAUAACGAGAGUCCGGUUAAAGAAAGCGUCGUGACGAAUGAUCGAUGGGGCAUUGGGACGGCAUGCAAACACGGCGGUUACUACACCUGCACCGAUCGUUACAAUCCUGAUACUUUGCAAGAGCAUAAGUGGGAAAAUUGCAUGACCAUCGAUCGUAAAUCUUGGGGUUAUCGGCGUAAUGCCGAUUUAAAAGAUUACUUGAGCCUGGACGAACUUAUUAAGGAACUUGUCAUUAGCGUGAGUCGCGGAGGCAAUUUAUUGAUGAAUGUGGGCCCUUCGAAGGACGGGACUAUCGCUCCAAUAUUCGAAGAAAGAUUACGGGGAAUAGGACAAUGGCUCAAGGCCAACGGCGAAGCCAUUUACAAAAGUAAGCCUUGGAAAGUGCAAAAUGAUACAUUAAGCGAAGGCGUAUGGUACACUGUGGGUGAAAAUGAUAAUAAUCUCUAUGCCAUCGUAUUGUCCUGGCCGAGCGAUGAUAUUCUAAAAUUAAAAUCGGUCAAGUUGCACCAGCUGAGUAGAGUGGAGAUGCUCGACAGCAACGAGGAAAUAAGCUGGAUCCAAUUACUUAGACAUCUUAGAAUUAAAUUGCCCGUAGCAGCACACGUAGGAAGGACAGCUUGGGUACUGAAAAUGGACAAGUACGAUUUAAAUUUAUAAGUCAUCGGAGAGAUAAGGAUGAUAGAGACAAUGGAUAAUGAAGAAUUUAAUAAACAUGUAAUAAUUG